UGGAGUAUGGUGGAAGAAAAAUCGAAUUAAGAUAAGUAAACGGUACAUUUUUUAGAUUUCACAACGCUUUGAUCGCUGAUUUAUUCUUGUUACAGCUUUAUUUAUUAUGUGAGAGGAGAAACAUGAGGACAUUCAGACCUGUGCAGUCUCUGCGCCAUUAGAGAUAAUUCACCUUAAAAUGACUGAGAGCUCAUCUUGCACUGUUGUUCUGAAGUUUCAGUCAGCGACACGCGCGGAGGGAAAUAAUAAGUGACAGCUGAUUGGUCAGUUUCUGCUCUAUCUAUUGAAACCUUCCCACCAAUCAAAAUUGGCUGAAUAUGGCUCUACUGGAUUUAAACUCCAACUCUUCAGUAAACAUCAGUAUUGGAAUGAAUGUUACGCUAGAAUUCCCGGACAGGAACUCAGUAGACGACAGCGAGGCCCUGGCCGUGGCUGCUGUCCUAUUCCCGGUGCUAAUGGGGGUAGUGUUGACGGUGGGGAUUCUUCUGAAUGCGCUCGUGGUGUGCGUUACGCUAUCCACAAACGCUAUUAUGACGUGUGCCAGUUCUUUAUUCCUGAACUUGGCCGUCAGUGAUUUGGUGUUUCUCGUGUUCUGCCUGCCGAUUCAGUGCGCUUAUUUCGCCUCUCAGCUGAAUCUUCAUCUGGGCCGGAUGACGUGCAAGUUGCUGUACUUUAUUCAAUACACCACGCUGGGGGCGAGCAUUUACACCAUGACUGUGAUAUCAGUGUUUAGACUCUUUGCGGUGGUAUUGCCACUGAAGUCAUUCGGCAGACUAACGUGCCGCCAUGCCGUCGUGUCCAGCCUGGUCGUGUGGAUCUUUGUCUCGCUGGUAAACAUUCCAAUUCUUAUAUACUACGAUGAGCCCGACCAGAAACCCGGGAUCCACAUCUGCACCUUGCACAUGUCCACGAUGCUACCGUUCUACCUGAACGUUUUCAUCAUGACGGGAAUGGAUUUCUUUCUCCCGCUGGUUGUGACUGGGUUUGCGUCUCUUUAUCUCCUCUGGGAGCUCUGUAAAUCGCCGAUAUUGCAGCCCCGGAGGUACUCCAUCAACUCCACCAAGGCCUGCGACACGUGCAUACACACCCGGAACAAACAACUGGUGGUUCUUAUUGGAGCCGUGGAUUUAUCUUUUCUAAUAUGCUGGGGGCCGGCGCAGAUUCUUUUCAUUAUGAUUGCCGCGGGUUACCAAAUCCCGCGAAUCCUCGACCAGGCUAUUCUGGCAGUAAUUGUCUAUUCUCUGGCCUUCGGACACUCGUGCGUGAACCCGAUUUUGUACAAUUUUGCUUCUCGCGGGUUUCGCAGAGCAACAAGAAAGUUUUUGGUGCGUUGGAUUCGCAAACUGAAGUGUGUGAAGAGAACGGACAAUGCCAGGGAGAGCGGCACAGGACACCACGGGAUUUUCAAAGGAAAUCGGCCCAAUGACAGAUCAAAGUCACAAAGCAAAUGCCAGCACCAUCACAUCGCCUACGUGUACGAAACGGCAGUUUAAGAUUUUUUUGGAAAUAUUAUUUCAUUGGAAAGUUUGACUUGUUUCGACCAGGAAUACACGCUGUACAUUAAUAUGUACUAGUUAAUUGGCAAUACCGUAUGGUUUUAAGAUACAAUGCACAGAAUUGAAAUAUCGUAACUUUUAAUUUCUGAGUAUGUACUUUUAGAUACAAAGGCAAGCUAUAAUUCUUCUUAUGUACUGACAUUUCUACAAGAUUUUAAAAUGAAUACAGUGAUUUCAAGUAAAAGUUCUGCAUUAAGGCUUAAGUGCUUGAGUUAAAAAGAAAACUUGUUGCCUUUCUACUGUUCACACAGUCAAUGGCGGGGGCAGUGGGGUGCAGAAGGUAUGUGUACCUCCCAUAUCCUCUGAGCCACAAACUUCUUUUUAUGGCCACCAAAAACCGAUAUUACGGCACAAGACCAAAAUAAGUAUAUACUUCACCACCCGGUGUCCUACUGGUUAUAGUACAUGUUACACAUGUGUUCUCGUAUAUCGUUGUAUACUACCAAGUGCAAUGAGGCAAACGUUUUAUAUUAUCCCCCCCCCCUCUCUGCAGCCAAACGGUUGAACCCCCCAGUGUAUGGAACACGUCAAAUCAAACGGUAUUUUAUGUUGUGUAAACAUCGUAAUUCGCGGUCUCACGGGGAUGCUGUAUACGGAGUCAGGACACGGGAUGUUGUUUAUACCGAAUAAAAGUGAAUCAUCGGUUUACAAAACGCGUCAGGAUAAAUUGCUCAUCGUUAUUGUUAUUUAUUUCGGCAUUGAUAUUUUAUUUUUCAUUUCCCCGUGUAAUUGGUGCCAAUAAUUGUCAAAUAAUAACUGUCUUUGUUACACUACAACUGUAAUUCCGACAAGGCUAGAGUUUACACUAUAUUUGUCAUGGUCUUUGUAUCAUUAUGGUUUAAUAUUCUUUUUUGAUAAGAAUGUAAUGAUUUUGCAUGAUGAUGACUUCACGGAGUGUAAGUAAGCGGCAUUUCUCGAGCCUAGGACCCACUGCCAGGUUCUAGUUGGAGCCAAAAUAUGCUGUACCUUUGUUUUGGCAAUUGCUUGUCUUAUCGUCGAGUAACACAAUGAGAGGGAAAUGUCUGCGUAGAUCAUGUAGAAACCAUUCUUAUUGUUCUCCUUAGAGAGCACGAUGGCUUGUUAACCAAUAUUCUGAAAAAAAAACGCGCUGUAAUUAUAAAAAGCCACCAAACGAAGAUCUUUUUCUCUCAGGGGGAUCAUUGCCGCGAUCCCCACCAUUAUUGCAUGCGUGUUUAAAAGCCAGUGGCACAGUUCUGUAUACUUGUAAUAGGCAAAGCACGACUAACAGAUCAAUGGCUGAAAUUACAAACCUGAACAUUUCUGACAAAUGUUAAUUGCGUUGGUAAAAAUCCGAGCAUGCAAGCGUCUACUUCAUUUUAGUAGCAUUGCGUGACUGCCUUAGUGGUUUGUGGCGAAUCUGUUAAAAAUAAAGCACAUGCUAAACACAUUAAAUGGGAUUAUUG